ACGGCCCCGCCCUGCCCGCUCGUCCUCCGCAGGCCUGAGCUGCAGAGCGCCGAGUUGAUUCGAGAUCACGUCAGCUUCUCGCGGGUAGCGGAACUCGCGGCGCCACCCAGAGGCUGCCUUGAAGCCCUGCCCUCUCUGAGGACUUGCUGGAAAGUGAACCAGUCCGAAUAUGAAGCACUUAGCACCCGGGGCUCAUGGGAAAGAAAAUAAUCCUCCCGCUAAAAUGGCGCUUCCUCAGACACUGCCGAGGCUCUAGUAGUUGCCGAAGAAGGUCCGGAAGCUACCGAGCGACUCCGGAAGUUGCCGAAAGGGAGCAGCGGGGAAGGAGGAUGGCGGAUCUCAUCGCAAGACUUCGAGAGGACGGGAUUCAAAAACGUGUGAUACAGGAGGGCCGAGGAGAGUUGCCUGACUUUCAGAAUGGCACUAAGGCCACAUUCCACUUUCGAACGCUGCACAGUGAUGACGAGGGAUCUGUACUGGAUGACAGCCGAACACGUGGCAAGCCCAUGGAGCUCAUCAUUGGCAAGAAGUUCAAGUUGCCCGUGUGGGAGACGAUCGUGUGCACCAUGCGUGAGGGGGAGAUUGCCCAGUUCCUCUGUGACGUCAAGCACGUAGUCCUGUAUCCGCUGGUGGCCAAGAGCCUCCGCAACAUCGCCGAGGGCAAGGACCCCCUGGAGGGCCAGCGGCAUUGCUGUGGAAUUGCUCAGAUGCACGAGCACAACUCCCUGGGCCAUUCGGACCUGGACGCCCUGCAGCAGAGCCCUCAGCCUCUCAUCUUCCACAUUGAGAUGCUCAAGGUGGAGAGUCCUGGCAGCUAUCAGCAGGACCCAUGGGCAAUGACAGAUGAGGAGAAAGCAAAGGCAGUACCACUCAUCCACCAAGAGGGCAACCGGUUAUACCGCGAGGGGCAGGUGAAAGAGGCUGCCGCCAAGUACUACGAUGCCAUCGCCUGCCUCAAGAACCUGCAGAUGAAGGAGCAGCCUGGGUCACCUGACUGGAUCCAGCUGGACCUGCAGAUCACACCACUGCUCCUCAACUAUUGCCAGUGCAAGCUGGUGGCUCAGGAGUACUAUGAAGUGCUGGACCACUGCUCCUCCAUCCUCAACAAGUAUGAUGACAAUGUCAAGGCUUACUUCAAGCGGGGUAAGGCCCAUGCUGCUGUGUGGAAUGCCCAGGAAGCCCAGGCUGACUUUGCCAAGGUGUUGGAGCUAGACCCUGCCCUGGCACCUGUGGUAAGCAAAGAGCUGCGGGCCCUGGAGACAAGGAUCCGGCAGAAGGAUGAGGAGGACAAAGCCCGCUUCCGGGGCAUCUUUUCCCACUGACAGGGCCUCAGUCCUGCCCUGCCCUGCCAAGCCCACUGCUGCCAUCACUUGUCCACCCCACUGCCACUUUGCGCUUCUCUGUAUAUAAAGGCCUUAUUUAUCUGUCCAUCCCAAAGGCUGCUCAUCACUGGCUGGCUGCUCGGUGCGCAGUGGUCAGCAAGAGAUCAGGAUCUCACUAGGUCCCUACUGGUCUGCUCUAAGGUCUCUGGGGGUGUUUCUUUCUGGCUACUCUAGUAUUCAGGAACCUCUAGUAUUAAGUAGUAGAUAAAGCAGGAAUGGUCCAUAUGGGUCACUCUAUUCUAGCCUCAGGUCCCAUGAUCCCCUGGCUUUGGCUUUUAGAGACAGAAAUUUCCUUUGGGGCAGAGGUGAAGGAGGGCUACAAAGCAAGAAGCCAUGUGACUCUCAUAAACUCAAACACCGUCUGAGGUUGGGGGCAGGAGAAGAAAUAGGCAGACUAUCUAGGAAGUGACCCAGGGAAGAGCAGCCAGGACCCUUGGGGAAAGCAAAGGGGCCUCCAACCUGGCCAUACUUCAUGACCCUGAGCAGGUCCUUGCCCUUUUCAGCACUGAAGUGCCCCAGACAGGAAGGCCCUCAGUAGAGUGCAGUUGUUUAUUUUUAUAGGUUCACACACUGGAAAAGCUGCUGGGCCCUAGCCUACUCCCUCCUUUCUCCCCUGGGGGCUAGGUCCCCCUGCCCCCAACAAAGGGAAGUAAUACUGAGGAGUAACCACACAGGUUGUGAGUGCAGGGCUGGGGCCAAAAAUCUAGGCCCCAGUCUCCCUCACAGUCACCAAAGCCCCUUGAGUAUCAAUAAAUAACCCAGGUCCAGCCA